CCCACCUUCAAGAAGCGCUUUCUUAACUCAAGAUCUCAACUCAAGAGUCAAAAGUUACACACUACAAACAUGUCUGAUUCUAAACUCACACCUACUCAGCUCUUCCAAGACUUUUUGGGAGAUUUCUAUUCAAGGAGACUGCUCUAUCACAACCCUCUUUACCAAGCACCAGCUACAGCAUCUCCUCCAGUCCCUGGACAUAGCCCUGAGUUAUCAGGAAGCAACACUGUUGACAAUAGCUUUGAUACAAAUGUUGUCAUGGUCCUCUCAGUUCUUUUAUGUGCCUUGAUUUGCUCCCUUGGCUUAAAUUCUAUCAUUAGGUGUGCCUUAAGUUGCUCAAGGUUAGUAGCUUCUGAUUCAAGUGGAGACGACUCAGCUAGGACAGCCAAUACUGGGGUCAAGAAAAAGGCCCUCAAGACUUUCCCAACAGUUAGUUACUCAGCUGAGCUGAACCUGCCAGGAUUGGACACCGAGUGUGUGAUAUGCCUAUCAGAUUUCACAGCCGGUGAGCGUGUUCGCCUUCUACCAAAGUGCCACCAUGGAUUCCAUGUCCGGUGCAUCGAUAAGUGGCUAAGUUCACACUCAUCAUGCCCAAAAUGUAGGCACUGCCUGAUUGAGACCUGCCAAAAGAUCGUCGGCUGCAGCCAGGCUAGCUCAUCAGAACCACCUCCACCAGUGCAUGAAAGCACUGUAAGCAUAGCACCACUGGAACCGGAAGGUUUGAUAUGUAAUUAUAGGGGACUUACAUAGGUAUAUACUUUGUAUGAUAUGGUAGAUGUAGUUUAGCCUUGUGCCUUACAGUUAGCACUAAAGCUAAAAGGCCUUUUUAAGGUCACAAACCCAACCGCAAGAAGUGCAGUGCUAAUUGUAAAUUUGUAUAGAAUGAAUUUGUGACUUGUUUCA